UCCGUUUCCAUUUUGUUACUGUACCUUUGGCGUUCAGUAUUAGUUUGUAAGUCUUUGCGUCGCAGUGUGUUUGUGGCCCGCAGCGCAGGGUGAAAAUGUCUUUCAUGAAAGGGGUAUGGCGCCUCCUAAAGAGGUGCUACAUUCUCGGCUACAACAAGAAGAAAAACAUUUUCGGUAUGAAUCCGUUACUCAUAUCGACGUUUUUCAUCAUUCUCACGGCUGUGCUGGCGUCGAUGUUCCGAAUGACUGUUAAGAAAUGUCUUGGAGAUGGAAUAGUUAAACAAAUGCUAUUGGAAUUCAUCGCCACUGCGGAAUUGUGUGCUAUAUGCUUUGAAUUAGUCAUUGUCGCUGAUAACUACGGUGUGUGGGUAUAUGCUCUAUAUUUAUUUUUAUUAACAUUAUGGUGGGCAAGAGUAUGGGAGAUCGAGUCGGCUUGCCCAUACUCCGAAAUGGAAAAGGUUGUAGAAGGCACACAAGAAGCUUUAAAAGCCUUGUAUGUUAUUAUUGCUCAAAUAUUGGGAGGUAUUCUCAUCUACUACUAUGUUCAAUUGUUGUGGUCGAUGGAGUUGACUGAAACACAUCGCGGAAAAGUGGAUGAGGAAUGCAAAGCAGACUUGCAGCACCACUGGUUGCAACGUACCAUAAUUGAAAUCCUGGGUACCUUUAUUUCAACGUUUCCGAAAAGGUACUUCGUGAAAUGCUGCCAACCAUAUGGCGCACCCUUUUGUAUCCUCUGGGAUAUUAUGUUUGCAUUAAUGGGCAAGUUGUUACACGUUGGCGCUGUUUUCAUGAACGCAGCGAUUGGUACAAGUUUUAAUUGGAAAUGCACACCGCUUUGGCAUAUAGCUUUAGCUUUUUGGCUUGGAAGUAACAGCGGCGCACUAACGGCUUUCUUGCUCGUGAAAAAACUACGUUGUCGUCCACUUGCAUCUCUUCGUCGAAAUGUAUCAGAGGGUAGUGCUAGCAUAAGAAGUACCAGAACCUAAUUCCAGAAUCCCAGGUUUCUGCUGCCGUCGGUACCUUCGUAGAGGGCUUAUCAACAUGUGUAUGUCGGUUGGCAUCACGAUUUUUAAAUGACUCCAAUGCACGAUUUGCAGCAAUCGCCGAUCCAUUUUUUGCCACAAUG